AUGGCCCUGCCCUGCCCUGCCCUGCACAGAGACCAGCUCAUACCCUCGCAGAACCAGGCCGCACACGAUGAGAAGAAGAACGGCCAGCCCAGUCCACGGACGCAUCCGAACCACUGGACGCCCAAGAAGGCACUCAAAACCCUCAUCAGCACCGCCGUAAUCGCAAGUCUGUCGAUCUACGCCACGGCACUGGCUCGUAGAGACUGGCCGCCGGACGGCCGCCUGCGCAACCCCGAUGGAUCCGCCGACUCGUUCCAAGGCGAGUGGUGGGUCAGCCCGAACCUGACUCGAGCCGACCGCAUCAUGCUAGUCGUUGCCCAUCCCGACGACGAGUGCCUCUUCUUCUCGCCCACCCUCCUCAACCUCUUGUCCCCCCGCUUCGUCAACCGGACCGAGUUUAACUCCUCCACCCCGCAUCCCCAACCCCAGAACAACUCUUCCGAGGAUGCUCAGAUCAACUUAGAAUUCCCAAGAGCUCAUAUCCUUUCCUUGUCAUCUGGUAAUGCCGAUGGAUUAGGAAUCAAACGGACGAGAGAAAUGCGCGCCUCAUGCUGGGCCUUCGGGAUCCCAAGCCCACACUGUAUCGUCCUCGAUCAUCCGGAGUUGCCGGAUAGCAUGUCUGUCUGGUGGCCCGAAGACACGAUUGCUGAAUUCGUCCGGCUGUAUGUUGACUUGUGGGAUAUCGAUGCGAUCAUCACCUUCGAUCAUCACGGAGUAUCAGGCCACGCAAACCACCGAGCCAUAGCUGCUGCACUAAGUCGGCAGGUACAUAGCGAUCCCAAGUUUCCGAUGACAUUCAUGCUUCGAUCGACGUGGAUAUUCGAGAAAUACACGUCCCUUCUCUCGCUGCCUUACACUCUCUACCGCCACCACCGCAAUCGCAAGUCCCUUCUCCCUCAACUUGUCCGGCCCAGAUCACAUCCUUCGCGGGAUAAGAAACGGCUCGCCGAGCUUGUCCUCCAGACGCUCAUCCACCUUGGAGCUAAUCUCUCUUCUACGCCCGUUCCCCUUUCUCCCCAACCCACGCGAUCGCGCCCCGAUUCCCUGCCGCUCUCCACCAACCCACCAACGCCCCCAGUCGGCCAAGAAGCCCAAAACGCAUCCGCAAAUGCCGGCCGACAAGCCAGGAGAAGGGCGCCCACCGACUCGCCCCUGUCCCCACACGCCAGCCUGUUCCUCUCGACGCCCGCCCAAUACUGGGAAGGCAGACGCGCCUUCAACCAACACCGGUCCCAGCAAGUCUGGUUCCGACGGCUCUGGCUCAUCACCAGUCGGUUCAUGUGGAUCAACGAGCUCCAGCGCGUCGUCCCCCUCGAAUCCCGCUUCCAGGAUCAUACCUCCUUCCAUACUCCUUCCCUUGCCGAAAAUAUCAUCUUUCCCGUCAAACCUAAAAAAUCCGCCCUCUCUGAGCCCGAUACGCCAUCGUCUCCCUCUUCCCCUCCAACCAACCAGCACAUUCAUACUGGACCGACCCCGGAUUAG